AUGAGCAACAGUCGUCGCAUUUGCUUCGAAAAAAGUGCACAUGUAGAAUACAAAAUGCAUUACGGCAUUUUUGGACUAUGCUCAGGGUUGCUAUUACUUGUUGGUGGGUCAUUGACAGAGGCCUCCGUGGGGUAUGUCGACUAUUAUGACGAUGCGCAUCCCGGAAAAUGUACGAUCAGUGAGAAAAUUAUAAUAUCACCAGGUGAGACAGCGCAUUCGCCAGACAUUUGUGGGAGACUUACAUGUGAAAACGAGAAGGGUCUUACCCAAAUUUCCAGUUGCGGCGCUGUUGAUACACCAGAUGGCUGCGAAUGGGGUGAUCCUGUGAAGGAGAAAGCAACGUACCCGGAAUGUUGUGAGCGUCAGUUGAUCUGCAACUAGGAAGCAAAAGAAUGACAUUGAUAUUUGGUUAAUUAAAUGUGAUAAAGUUAUUUUUACGUUUUUUGUUCAUAGCAAUAUAAGACUUUGUAUAACUAGCAACAAUUUAUCGCAAAUAUCGUACAUUGAUUUUUAUCGAACACGAAGCAGGCCUUAAUACAAAGCAGAUUUCCGUUAAGCUCACAUCCGGUUUAAGUUAACCUUUAGCUGUUUUUUUUUCUAGAGCACCCUGAAGCAAUAUUCAACCAUAUAUUCUUCUGUAUUCCUAAAAAAUAUCAGAGCAGUGUUAAGAGCGGAAAGCCACUUUUACAUAAUUGCAAAACUGGAAUGCUAUUUCAGAGAAAUAAAGCAACGUCUAUGGAAUUGAAAGCUUUGCCGGAAAUGUAAGCUGUACGACGACAAGCACGAGUAUAAUACGAUCAUAUGUAAAGUCAUCUCUAACACUACAAAUUUGAAAUCAAGAGUUACUUACCAGAUCCUCUGCGAUUUUACAAUUAUAAGGAAUGCAAUUACAAUCCUGCAUUGACUAAAGUGCCAAGUGAGAAGUGACUUCUAGCCUUCUUCUGCGAAAUUUUUUCUUUGGCUCUUUUUUCACAAUUUACACACAUACUGUCUUAUAACUAUUUUCUAAAUCUAUUUGACAAUAUUCAUUCAAUAAGCACUUAACACAUUAUAAAUGUAUUAUAGCUUUGAAUUUAUUUAUUGCAAUUGCUCACAAUUCACUUCCAAAGUAAAUGUCAAAGUGUUAUUAGCUGCGCAACAUCAAAUUCACAGGGUGCUCAAAGUGGAAACAUCCCGACAAGACAGGUACCGGCGAAUUCACCGGUGAAAUGCCAGGGAGCGGUACCCGCAGUUUCAAUGAAAGUUUCUAUGCCAUGCUUAAGGGCGAAUUGACAAAAGUACCCGAAACUGUUGUGUACGUGUGAUCGUUCAUCCCUUUCUUGCACAUUACAUUCAUCAUCUAGCAAUGUAUAUAUACCUCUUGCACAAUUUGGGGAAUGGUAUUGGUACAAUCACUGAUGAAAGACCCAAUACUGCGAACCAAAACUCCACGUGCACUUUCAGUACUGCGACCCACAAAAGCCUAGAAACUAUACCCUCUGUUUUCGGUUAGUUCUACCAAAAUCCCAAAUGAGAAUUUAAUAACAAAAUCAUUAAUUAUAUUACAUAUUUAUUGAAAAUAUCAUGCAAUUUAGUUGUUUAUUAUGUUUACUUUAUAUAUAUAUUAUCGUACUACACUAUAUACAUAUGUAUAAAGUAGGUGAAAAUAAAUAUUUGAACAAAUUUUGUUAUCGGACAAAGGCUGGAGGAAGAGUGGAAAAUGUCAAAUACCCCGUGCGGUCUGGAAGUGUAAGCUGCGCACAUUAUGUGAGGUCUCUUUUGGUUUCUUUCGGAGUUUUUAUAAGAUCUGUUCUUUCAUUAAUUUCACGAGUACUAGAUUCAUCUGGGAGGAGGGUUUCUAUAAAAUAUAAAGAAUUCUAAAUCUAACACGGCACCGUUCAAGUCUUAACAUCCAUGCUCUUGCUGUAGUAUUUCCAUUGAACUAAUUUCGGUGAAUUUAUGUCCUUGUAAAGCGAUACUACAACGUUAUGGUUCCUCAAUACAAGGUGAAAAUCAAUCAAAAAAGUCCUCCUAAUUAAACAUACAAAAAGUUUUUAAAUUUCUAUGAGCACAAACAUUCACUUAAAUUUACCCUUUAAUUUCUGUGUU